UUUUUUAUUUAUUGAUAUAAUUAAUAAUGUAUAUUACUAUUUGAGGAUGAGAUUUUCAAAUCAAUCAAAAGAUUUAAAUACAGAGGAAAGAAAGGAUACAUUUUAUUGGAGACGAGAUCAAAGAGAUUUAGAAGUAUAUGUUAAAAAAAAAAGGAAAUUGAAGGAGCCUUUUAAAAAACAAAAUUGUUGGGAUAUGGUUAAAGUUCCAAUUGAAACUAAGACAAAUCUAUUUUUAAAGAAUAUAUUAAUGAAAGAGGCAUCGAAAUAUAGUUCAGAAGAAAUUUACGAAUGGUUAUGUCAAAAUAAAUUUAGUAUUGAUAUUCAGAAGAUUUCUUUUAAUAAUAAUGAUUUUGACGGAUCAUUAUUAAAUCUUUUUAAGUAUUUUGGAAUAAUGGAUUUUUUUUCUUUUGAGAGUCAAAGAAAAAAUAUGAAGCUUUAUUGUACGAUAAAUGGGCCUUCAAAUUAUAAUACAAUGGAUAAUAAUGAAAAAUAUUCUUUAAGGAAUAUGGAAUUAUGUAUUCAAAAGAAUUCUUUAUUAAUGUGUAAAAAAGAAAGUGUUGAAUUACAAAUGAUUUCACCAUUGAUAAAAUUAUGUGAAGAUAAUAAUCAAAAGUUAAUGGAAUUUGAUCAUGCUUGGAAUAAUUGCAUCAAAAAUGAUAACUAUCUUGAAAUGGGAAGGUUUCAUGGAUUUGAAAAAACAUAUAAUUUACAUAAAAUGUCAAAAUAUAAUGAAUAUACAGAAAAACUAUCGAAUAAUUCUUCUAUAAUAUUGUUAGAUAAUGAUACGGAAUUGAAUUUUUUUAAUAAAUCUAAAUUUCUGGAAUCAAAUUUUCAUCAGAAAGAAUCAUACUAUUCUAAAGAUUUAUUGGAAGCAUUUAAAAUAUCAGAAUAUUUUGAGUUCGAGUUUUCUGAUUCUUCUAUUGAUAAAUAUUCUGUUUUUUCUGCUAUUAAUGAUUAUGAUGAAGAAUUUUCUUUUUGCAUCUCACUUAUUUCAAAAACUGAUGAAUUUCAGAAUUCUAAUUUUUAUGAAAAAGCAUUUCAUAAAACUAAAAAUGUUAAGAAAAAGUCAAGUUUUUUAUAUAAAAAAAAAUCUCUAAGUUAUCAUUUUAACAUCUAUUGGAAUUUUUUUAGAUUUUUUCAUAAAAAAAUUACAUCUAUGAGUUUUUCUGAUUCUAAAGAUUACCAAAAUUGUAAAUACAAAGUUCUGAAUGAGGAGAUUAAAACUAGUAAAUCUUUAAAUAAUAUUAAUACUUCGAAAAAACUAAAUUUAAUAUUGUCAAAUAUUUAUAAAUUAAAAGCAAAAUUUCAGAAUAUUUUUAAAACAUUAACAAAAGAUUAUAAAUUUUUAUGGAUACCAAAGAUUAUUACUUUAAAGAAUGAUAGAUUUACCUUAAAAUUGACCAAAAUAGUUCAAAUUACUAGAGAUAAACAAACAUUUACAACUGUUGACUUAACUAAAUAUAUUAAUGCUAUUGAUAUUAGAAAGCAAUUAUGCAAGAAACUUGGUAUUUUAAAAUCAUGGUCUGAGUGUCGUAUUUUUAUUAUUAAAAUUUAUAACAAUGAAUAUGAAGAAUUGGAUGACGAAAAAUUAGUUUUUGCAAGAUUUUAUGCUGAUAGUCUUGGAAGUCUGAAAUUUUUUAUAGAAUUGCCUUCAGAAAAAAUUGAUAAGAGGCAACACAAUGACAUUAUUCCAGUUUAUUCAACAUUUAAUAAUGAUUUUUCUAAAGUUUCUUCAAAUAUUUUAGCUAAAAAAACAAAUUUGGGGUUUAAAAUUCAACUAAAUAAUCCAAUGUCUAAGUGGAGCGAUAAUGAUAUUAUAUUAAUUGAAGAUUUAAAUUAUAGAUUAGGAAAUCAAAAUUUUCAUGAAAAAUUAAAAAAUGAAAAUAAAAAAAUAAAUUUAUUUAGCAUUUCUAAUAAUGGAGAUAAUGAUUUCUUCAUGAAAAAAAAUGAAAGCAAUAUAAACAAUAAUUCUGGUCCUUUAUUAAAUAAAGUUCUCAAUUUAUCAGAAUAUUCAAGAUCCUUAAAUAAUAUACAAUUUCUUAUUAAUGACAAAAAUAAGAUAAAUAUUAAAGAAAUACAACUAAACUUAGGGAAAUUCAGUAUUUCUAGAAGUUUUUUAUUUAUCUCUGAAGAAACUUUCUCUUUAAAAAGAAAAUUAAAAUUAUUUAAUAUCGAAGAUAACUCAAAGAAAUAUAAAAAAAAGGAUGAUCUAGUUCUUACAAAAAGAAAUGAAUUAAAAAGAAUUGCUUGCGAUUUUAAAAAUAGUUUUUUUUUGACUGAAUCAAACAAUCAAUAUUCUUAUCCAUAUGAUAAGAUUAUUAAUAAUUUUUUAUUUAAUAAGGAAAUUAUUCAGAAAUUAUUGGAUAUUAAAUCGUCUACUAUAAAAAAUAUUUCAAUAGCUGAUAUUGAUUCUUAUGAUAAAAAUAUAUUUCGAACUUAUGAAUUAUUCGAAAAUUUAUGCAAUAGAAAACAAAAGAUUAUUUCUUUUAAUAGUGAACUUAGAUCAAAGGAAUUAUUUCAAGGUUUUCUUGACUUAAAAUUAAAUAUCCCUAGAAGUUUCUUCAAAGAUAGAAUGAUAUCUGAUAUUAAAACGUUUUCUGAUAUAAAGAGAGAAUCAGUAUUUAAGGAACUUAUUAAUUUAUCUGAUGACAAUUCUGUUCCUAUUAGUGGGAUAGAAAAUGAACAAGAAAUGUUUUGGGCAAUAAAACCAAAAAACAUUACCGAUAAAAUGUCUUCAAAAGGAUUAAAUAACUCAGAAAUGAAAUACUCUUCAAAUUAUAAAUCAAGAAAAAAUGAGCCAUUGAAUACUUUGGAUAUAAUUAAUAUAUUAGAUACACAUAGAAAAAGAAACGUUUUUGAUAAGUUUUCUAAACCAUCUUCAGAGUUAGAAGAUGUCGAAAAUAAUUUUUGCAAUUCAAUUUUAUAUAAGUCAACAGCAUCGUUAUCUAAAGAUAUUUUUGAGGAAAACAAAGAUCUCUGUCAUAAUGAUAAAUGGGAAAUUCGACCAUCUACUCAAGUAGUUUAUGAAAAUUUGGAAGACUUUUUCCCAAAUCAUAAUCUCGAUAAGCCUAUAAUUAAUCAAUUGGCUGAUUUUAUUGAUUUUUUGGGUAUAGAUAAUAUCUCAGAUAUAUUUUUAGCGUUUUUAAAAAUUAUUUUUCCUGAUUACAAUUUUAACAUUGAAAAUUGCAUGAAAUCUAUCAAAAUUGUUGCAAAAGAAGCCAAUGAGGCUCAAAAAAAAUAUGAAGAUAAUAUUAAAAAUAAAAAUUCUAUUCCAAGAAGAAGAAGCACAAAAUUAUGGGGAAUAAAGCUUCAAGAAAUGAAAUUGAAUAAAGAUAAAGACGACUACAAUUUAAAUAAAACAAGUGGCAUAAAGAGAACACCGGCUUUUAAGUGGAUAAAAGGUAAGUUGAUCGGAAAAGGUAGAUAUGGAGAGGUAUAUUUAGCUAUGAAUGCAACUACUGGAGAAAUGUUAGCAGUAAAACAAGUAAAACUUUAUCAUAAUCUAGAUGAUCAAAACAAUGAAUAUCAAAAAGAACUAAUUAAUGCUUUAAAUAAGGAAAUUGAAACAAUGAAGGAUCUUGAUCAUCCUAAUAUUGUUCAAUAUUUAGGAUUUGAAUCAACUAAAACAACAAUUAGUAUUUUUUUAGAAUAUGUUUCAGGCGGAUCUAUUGGGAGAUGUAUUCGAAAAUAUGGAAAAAUUGAUCAACCAACAAUACAAUUAUUUACUCGUCAAAUUUUAGAAGGGCUGACUUAUUUGCAUUCUCAGGGAAUUCUUCAUAGAGAUUUAAAAACGGAUAAUAUAUUAUUAGAUGUUGAUGGAAUUUGCAAAAUAUCGGAUUUUGGAAUAUCUAAAAAAAGCAAAGAAGUUUAUGAUAAUGAUUCCAAUAUGUCAAUGCAAGGGACUAUUUUUUGGAUGGCACCUGAAGUUAUACAGAAUCAAAAACAAGGAUAUAGUGCAAAAAUAGAUAUUUGGUCUCUAGGCUGUCUAGUUUUAGAAAUGUUUGCAGGGAAACGUCCUUGGUCUGAUGAUGAAGCAAUUGGUGUCAUGUUUAAAGUUGGAAAUGAACGCCAGGCUCCGCCAAUUCCACAUGAUAUUCUCAAAAAUAUAGAAAAGGAUGCAUUAGACUUUCUAAAAUUAUGUUUUAUAGUUGAUCCAAAUUUAAGGCCGACUGCUCGUCAACUUCUUAAUCAUCCUUUCAUAAAAAAUGCUGAUUCCAACUUUAAAUUUUCUGAUUCUUCAUUAAGUCAAAUAAUCAAAUCAAAUUAAUCUUUUUUGGAAUUCUUUACAAAACAAUUUAAUUUUAUAUUAAAA